UGGGGGGCUGGUGUCGCGGCUCAGCUGCCAGUUUGAAAAAAUGUCGGGAAGAAGGCGCAUCGGGGACCCGGAGUGUUUGACCAAAAGAAUUCCACAGAAUCCUAAAUAUCAACACAUAAAAUCUCGCCUUGACACGGGAAACAGCCUGACCAAAUACAUUGAGAAAUUGGAAGAGAUCAAGAGAAAUUACAGAUACAAAAAAGAUGAGCUAUUCAAGAGGCUGAAAGUGACAACUUUUGCCCAGCUGGUCAUCCAAGUUGCUUCUCUAUCUGAUGAAACAUUAGAAGUGUCAGCGAAGGAGAUCCAAAAGCUGGAAGAUGGUGAUACUGUUAUUUCAGAGACUGAUGCUGAGCUCACACUUGGGACUAACGGGAAAGGAAGCCCCACGGAGAAGCCAGCCAGUCCAGCCCGGUUCAUAAACAACACGGGAGCAGGGGAAUCAUAUCGGUCUACUCUGCAGAGCGUGAUCAGUGGUGUCGGUGAGCUAGACAUAGACAAAAGCCUGCGGAAGAAACCUGAUGCUAAUGCUAAGGAUACUAACGCUAAAGACAAACCUUACCCUGACUGCCCGUUCCUGCUGCUUGACGUACGAGAUCGAGAUGCAUAUGACCAAUGUCAUAUCGUUGGAGCUCACUCCUACCCUAUCGCAACGCUGUCUAGAACCAUGAACCCUUAUACGAAUAGCAUUCUGGAAUAUAAAAAUGCUCAUGGGAAGAUUAUCAUCCUGUAUGAUGAUGAUGAGAGACUAGCCAGCCAGGCUGCCACUACCAUGUGUGAGAGAGGCUUUGAGAACUUAUUCAUGUUAUCUGGAGGCCUGAAGGUUGUUGCACAGAAGGUGCCUGAAGGGCUGGUCACUGGGUCAUUCCCAGUGUCUUGCCAGUUGGCAACGUACACUGGAUCUGCCCGGAAAAGGGUCACCCCAAGAGAGACACCCGCACGUGCUGAGAAUAAAUGGAGAUUUACUGCAGAAGAUCUACAAAAGAUAGAAUACUACCUGGAAGAGGAGCAGAUCCCCUCAGAUACUGCCAGCCGUCUCAGCCGUGCUUCCUCAGGCCGAGAUUCCAAGGCGAUGGCUGUACGGAGCACCCAGAACCUCCCCACUGCCAGCCCAGCUGGCUCCCUCGCCACCCGCUCCGUCAGCAGCAGCAGCCUCCAGAACAAGCCCUGGAAGUAAAGACAGUGUCUCUUUCAGUUGAAUAAACGAAUGUCCCAGUUCUGGGAAUCCCUGAUCAGUACAUCCCGUUUGUCAUUUUAGGAAGCUGCAAAGAGGAAAAAUAGAUGCAUGAUCUAACAAUGGCAAGAGGGGUGGGGUGCAGCAGGCUGACAUUCAGUAGAAGAAGUAAAGGUAUAACUUUCCAAGACUGAUCUAAAGGGAUAAAGUUGUUUUGUGAAAACGAACUUUUCCCCGAAGUCCCUGACCCACAGAAGUGGGUCCAUGAAAUCUGUGUCUUUAAAAAUUGCCAGUGGAGUCUGUGUUCUUAGAAAAUAUUCCCCCUGGGGUCUGGGAUCUUAGUAAUGUAGCGCUGUGCUCGCACGUGAGCACCCGAAAGAUGAAUAGACCAGCCGCUAUCUGUAAACAAAAGUCUUGAUGUCUCGCUGAAAUGGAGCCAACGAAUAGCACAACUGGUGACAAGUGAGCAAGAUGCCAGAAACGCCUUUUUUAACUGUCCAAAGUGUUUGUAAGAAGGGCAUUCUUGUAAGGAGUGUACAGAAUGAUGUUUCAGCUGACAGGGCCCUUUGUCUCUGUUCUGUGUUCCAGGCUGUGGUAUAAUGCUCUGAUUCUGAGCGAAGGUACGUUACAAUGUGUUUCUUGGUUUGUAAAUGAGAUUAGAAGGUAACUUUGGGCAUGAUGCUGAAAUGGGCUGAGCAAAACUCCGAUUGACUUCGCUCACAGCUGGAGCUGACUCAUCCGGCUUCAAUCUCUCCCGGUGAAUUUCUGCUUGCCGAGCCAGGUUGCUGGUGACAGGCGUAGCGAAGAGAACCACAAAGUGACUUGGGGGAAAUGUCCUGGUCCUUUGUGGUGAUAUUUUCCUUAUGACAUUGCAGUGCUGAGUGAACUGAUCACACAAUGAUUUGUCGUGAGGUCUUUGUCACAACCUUUCAAUGUCAAGCCUUCCUGUCAUUGUCUGGUGACUUCCAGCCAUUCUUCUCAACACGGUGUUUUCUGCUUCCAUCUUGGUGGCUGAGCGUGAGGGUGUUCCUGGAUGCUUGGAAGGAUCCUGGCUGCUCCAGCCAGUUUGGUCAGUGAGUUGCUUUCUGCUGAGUCGUGUGUCGGGGUGGUAUAGGGUGCACGAGAUGAGCAACGCUCAUUCGCUCUGCCUGAGACCAGACUCCCAACUGGCAUGUGGGUCUCUGAGUAAUUCACACAGCUAUUCCGAGCUACAAGCUGAAGAUCGCUGGUCUAGACAGUCUGAAGGGCAGAUGGUCAUGAGCCUGCUUUCCACGAUGCAUAUGGAUCACCUUAAAAUAAGUUAAGGGGCAGAACUCAGACUUGCUCUGCUGAGCUCCUCUGAUGGAGCUGUCAUAACCUAAUAAACAGAAGCUUCUGACAGUAGGUCUUGAUCACUAGAGUAGCGAGGGGAUCUGCAUCUUAACUGACUAGUGGAGGCAUGAAACUAUUGCAUGACCAUCUCUCUGCAGCUUCCUUGGUGUUAGCAGGGCUAGGAAAAAACUGUCCCCGAUAGUCACAAUGACAUUCCAGCAAGGCUCCCUGGUGGUGGGGGCUGCCCAGAAUUUUUGAGGCCAUGAAUCUGGUGACUUUCUGGGAGCCUGAGGAUUUGAAUAGAAUGUAUCAAAGCUUAAAAUGCCUCUUAAUCAAACACAAGGCUCCCAAGCCAGCAGUAUUGGCUUAUGCUUGCACUUUCCUUGGUGGCUGGUUAGAAGUUAUUUGGAGCCCACUAGCGGUAGAAACCUAGUUGACGCAUUGUCUUCACCCUGCAUAGCUGUGUUUUGGGGACUCCGGACAGCCACUUGUGGGCCCCGCUUUCUAGUUUUUACCUAGUGUAUUGGUUGACCUUAGUCCAACUAUUUUAUUUUGUCCUUUAAGGUUUGCUGUCCUCUGUGGCUUCACCUGCACCAGAAAAAUCAGGCCCAUAAUUCACCACAGACAGUGCUCAGCUGGAAGUAGCAAUAGCGACAGUGCAAGUUUACACAGGGUGCUGGCAUAUUACCACAGUGCUGCUUCACCCUACUCUGAGCAGGGUGAGUGAUCAGCACUGCUGCCCCCUGUCUACACUUCUGCUUCCAUCACUGGGAAAUUCUGGGGGAUGAGCUGUGAUUUUGCUGGUGGAUUUAGAUGGAGGGAAGAGGGUGUUAGUAGAGUGGGGUCAGCACUCAUCUAACAGUCUGGUAUGGACCCUGACUAUGUCAAUUAUAGGUAGCAGUUAAAGCCAUGGAAGUAAUUCAAGGCUCUUAAUCUGAAUCCUCAUAGAAAGAGUGAUUGCUUGCUUGGGUGACUUCCCAGUGGCCAGGAAUUGGUGCUCUAAUUGAUCCUGCUUAGCGCUGUCAAAGCCUAGGGCCUGACCCUACAAUGUGCCGAGUGCCCUCAGUUCCCAUCAACUUCAGUGGGAACUGUGGAUGCUCAGCAGCUGCUAGUGACCUUCAAAAGCCAAGCUGAAGAACACACUUCUCUGGCCUUGUGCAGGAUAAGCCCUACCUUGAUCUUAUUCUCCUCUGUAGCAAUCUGCCACUGUAUGUGUAUAGCCAACAGCAGCAUGUCUUUAAGUGGUGUAAAGAUUGUAAAUAGAUUCACUUCUUUCCUUCCUUAGAGAACCAGUUGGUGGCACUGGGACAUUGGAUGUAUGGGAAGGCGGCUCCCUGCAUAUGGCAUAGUCUCACUUUCCUGAGAGAGGCUUUGUUGUCCUGUAGCAUGCCAAAAAUUCCCUGCUUUCGUUUCUGCCUUUUAGCACUAACAGACCAGUUUUUAUUUAGUCCGUGCAAUCGGUGCUGCCUAAAGGCAAGUGCCACAAAAACUGCCAACAGCCCUGGGGAUGCAGGAUGUAAGCUGGCCACCUGGAUCUGGCUUCCUCCAGAGAAUGUGACUGAGGAUGCUCGGAGCUGGUCUAUGUGUGUACAUGUUGUAAUCCUGUGCAGGAAAGCAGCCUUCUACACACAGCUCCCAUGAAUACAAACUAUUCCCACGCUCUGCAGAGAUCAAAUGUGCAAGGGGACUCUGGAUAGGACCUGCUGAGUGGGGCAUUAAUGGGUUUCAGAUGCCAGCCAACACAACCCAGUACAUCUUGCUCCAAGCACUUCUAAGACCCUACGCCACAUUUGGCAUUUUUAUACAUUUUAAAAUAUAUGUAUUUUUAUAUGUAACAAACCCUGAUCCCAAUUCAUAAAUUACAGCUCCCCACUUCCCAAGGAAAUCCAGUAAGUUCCAUUUUAAUUACUCAGAAAGAAAAGUUUUUUGAGUUUGUACAAAUUCUUGACUGUCCAAGGAUAGCCCAAUACACUGGAUUUCUACAGAGUCGACUUCUGUGUGUAUUGAAUAGUUGGGUUAAUCAGAUGUGCGGGAUUUCAAGGCCGGUUGAAUUGGGACAGUGAAUGUAAGGUACUAUCUCUCUCUCCUGUUUGCCUAGCCAUAGGAAGCGAUCUGCUCAGUAAGUCUUACAAUCGUAUUAACUGGUCUUACCUCUCACAUAGUCUGACUUAUGUUAUCAGGUUUCUGGUAAGAAAGAUUUUGUUUUUUGUUUUUUUGUGCAUUUAUUUAAGUUUAACGAACCAGCUAGGCUUUGCCAAAUUUGAUCUUUUAUUUACUGAUCAGUGAUAUUGCGAGUCAACUGGAGAGCAAAGUAUGGUUUGGUGGUUGGAUCUCAGAACUGGGAGCCUGGGAUCCCAAGUUCUCAUUCUGGCUCUUACACCUUGGGCAAGUCACUUAGCUGCUCUCUGCCUCAGUUUCCCUAUCUGUAAAAUGGGACUGAUAAUCCUUCCUUACCUCACAGAGGUGCUAUCAGGCUUUGUUAUUUGAUGUCGGUUACAGGCUUUGAAAAGAUUUUACUUGAUAUUAGGAAAGUGUCAUAAAAAUGUGAAGUAUUUUAUUAAUUUUGAACAUCCAGGCUGAAACUGACUCAUGCUGGUUUGCAUGUUAGCUUGAUGGGCUGCAUUCAUCACUCCCUUUCAGGCAGUAAGAGUUGACUUUUUCAUGCUAUCAUGAAAUAAAAGCGUGAGCUAAAUGGCAUCUCAUACAGAAUCCAAUCGGCUUUUUGCUUAAGACAAUUGACAAUAAUAUUGUGCCCCUAAAAAUUGCUGCAUCUGGUCAAUGUUGUUGAAUGUUUAAAAUAAGGGGGGGUGGAAUAAAGAGAAUGUCUGUCUGUUAGUUACAUGCUUAAAACACUGGGACAAAUGCAACUUAAAAAGAACACAUUUUAUGUUUGAAUGCGAGGUAUCUAAAGUGUGCACGCUUUCAAAACGGCUGUCUCACACACACACACAUACACACACACACACGUGCGCAGUAAACUCAGAGGGGAGGGAUACAGUAUCUCAGCUGAAAUCAAAUAGCGAUUGUGAGGCAAAGGAUUUUUUAUUAUCCAGCUACAGUACUAGGAUCUGAAAUCCUCUGUUGCCCUGGGUUACUAGGAAACUCUUUUCUGCAUCAGAGGAAGAGUCCAAGCCAGUCAGGGUUGUUUAAGAUCAUCUUAAUCCUGUGCAUCGAAGAAAGAGCUGAAGAACAUAUCUUCUUAUCCUCUUAUUGUCUUUGAGGGUUCGUAUGUUUUGCAUCUUAGCUUAACUGUGUCAUAUGAUUAGGCAGGUGCUUUUGUUUUGUUUUCCGGGGGGAGGGGGUGGAAUAGAUUUCUGUAGAGUUUUUUGGUUUUUAAAUUUUGAUUCAAUAAAAAGCAAAUGAUGCAGCAUGGCUGAGUAUUGUUUUAAUUGACUUUAUUUUUUUAAGGGCUAACAGAAAAAUCAGUGCGGGGAGUAAUAAUGUGGGGGCAGUAACUGCAGAGCCAGGGUGUCAAAACGGGCCUUGACUGG